UCCAACUUCCACGCUCCAGAUAAUCAGUCCUCGACUAUCCUUCGCACGGUCUGAACCAAACGAAAAUCGCGUUAAGCCUGCAGCAUCGCAGAUUUCUUUUUAAUUUUGUGCAAUCAUUGUUCUAUGUCGGAAAACGGCAGAUGAAAAAAGAGGUAAUCCGAGUCGGGAGAAUUUAUUAUUGCCCAGCCAGGCAAUGAACAACCGCCUGAACCUGGCAAAAGCCGCUUUUCUUUCUUCGAUCGGGUGGCGGUGGCGCGAACGAAUGCCUUCAUAUCUUACAUUUUCUUUCGCGCGUGGUGCUGCAAUCCCGGUACAGGCACUGUGAAAAAUCAGUACGACACUUACUGUUGGUGAAAAGUGCGUUGUACAGAGAGGAAAUUCUUCCAGUGAAUAUCCAAUCGGAUUCUGUGCGAACAAAUCUGUGGAGCGUAGUUUUUUUGCCAUUGUCGUGGAAAACCGCUCCUGUGGAAAAUUGAAUUUUACUUGGAAAUACGUGCACCGGGGGAAAAAAGGAGUGAACGAACAAGCGAGAGCCUCGGUGCUUGGAAAGGAAUUAAUUAUGCUUUCGCCAACCAGCUUGGAUGAAAUCAAGGAACGGAUUAGCAAGAAUGAAGAAAAAAUACACGUGCUGCAAGCAAUCAACAACGUCCUAAAGGAACGCCAUGAAAUCGAAUCCAACUACAAGAACCUGGCAUUAAAGUUCCGAGACAUGCAAGAGGAAGAGGCCCACCGGAGGGCGAAGGUUUGCAGUUUCGAUGAAGUACGCAAAACGCAACUGGAAGAAUUGCAAGCCAAAGGUGAGGCGCUCUGCCGAGAGAAGGCAAAACUGCAACACCAAAUCGAACACGUCACGUGGCACCUGGAGGGAUGCCGACGAAGGCGACCCUGCUUGGCACGGUUACCGGAGAACUGUCCGCUCAAGGGGGAUGCACCGAGCUGUUUGCCACAUUCGCCGGAGAAAUUGAAGAUUAUGGCAAACAUGAAGAGCACCGCAGAUCAUCUAGUCAGAGGAAUCAUGGACCUACGGAAGAAGAUUCACAUUGUCCAGGACAAGUUGGAACAUGAAGUGGCGCGAAAAAAGGAAAUGGAAAAGAAGCUGUCCGAGUUGCGGAAGCAGAUUUGUCAGCACAACAAAUGUAUGCAACAGGCUGGUCAUCGGGAGCAUGCUCAUCAUCACGCUCAUCAUCAUCAUCAUCAUGGAGGUGUGGGCGGUGGCGGCGGCGGAGCUACCGGUGGAGGAGGUGGUGGACAUGGAACCACCUCCCUGCCUCCGAUCAAAAACUGUAUGACAGCCAAAUAGCAGCGGGCCGUUUCGGAGUACGUGAAGGGACAUCAUAGGCAGAAGCAGAAACCAAAGCACCAAUGUCCUCACGUGAACUACGUCAAACUGCCCCGGCCGUGUUCAGGCGGGUUACCGUGAAAUAAUUUCUUAGAAUAGUGGAAUGUGCUUCAUUAGCAGUUGAUUUGCCCGAAAUGAAAAUGGGGAUUUGUUAUGAGAUUGUCUGUGAGCAGAUUUGGAUUUUGUUGUUUGAAUAUGAGUUGUUGUACAGUGCAUCAAAUGCGAAUAGUUUAAAUUGUUAUGUAGAACAAUGUGUAUUUGUUUUGCUGAUUUUGUUCUGCAAAUUUUAACAAUGUAAUAUUAUAACAUAUGUAUAGUUAUGUUUGCAGCAUAUGAAGUAAUAUUCAUAGCUUUUAGCGACAUUUAACCUACAGUAAACUGCCGUUACCAAACGCGUACUAUUCGUAUAAAAAUGAGCUUAUCCUACUAAGUAUCUA